AUGACCGUGGUUAAGAAAUCGUCUAACUACGGCAUGCCUCCUACACUUCCAGUUGUAACUUUGCCGCUGUCGUCUAGACCGGGUCCUCCUGCAAAGGGCAUUGCAGAGAACCAUUCUGAUUGUAACGAUUUAAUUGAGAAUAGAGAGCCAGCAACCGCUACCACUACUAUGAUGUACAAAAGUGCGAAUUCUGAAGACGACAGCGAUCCAUCUAUCCAGAAUGCCGAGACGCCCUUAAUACAAGGUCCCGAGGUAGUGGAGAUGUCGACGAAUCGACUCUCUGCUCAGGUUGCGCCGUUAAAACUAGCCCCAAAAUCAUGCUUGGUGGCGUCGUCAGAACAAACUAGCCCUGAAAAUGUAAUAAGUAAUUUACCAGAGGAUUUAGAUGACAACACCAUAAAUACGCCGGAUGUUCAGGAGUCAUCUGGUUCUGUUAUGAGUACACGUGACCCACCAGGGUUGCUAACAAGUACAAUGGACGGUGACGAGUCUGCGAACAUUGUUGACCAAGACAAAGUCACCAGCGCCGGCGACAGUGAUGAUGUGGAAUCGCUUCCCGAUCCACAACUAGCCGCCAACAACAAGCCUGUUGCCGAUAAAGAUGCACAAGGCCCGAGAUUCAAGAGCAAGCUACCCUUGGCCGUGCGACUUCACAAGGAUCCCCCAUAUCCGCCUCCGUCAUUCCCACUGCCAACGCCUCCCGGGGAGCCGAGACCUCUUCAACCACGAGGGCGUGCUCCAUCCUUGGGGGCAAAGGCAUACCCGUUAAGCCCGUUCCCACGGGAGCACCAUCUUCCUAAGGCACCCGCAAAUAAAUCCCUCCUAGCCCAUCUUACUCAGCAACCAACACCGGAUUCAUCACCCACUGAGAAACACUUACACGAAGAAACAAUUGCGCAGAAGGCAAAUGCGGAAACAGAUCAAUCCUCAUUUCCUACUUUUGGCAGCUCAUCAUUGGAAUCAUCAUCACGGUAUAGCAACUCUGUCGAACUUGUAGACCCCAAUAAGUCAAUUCAGACCUCGGAAGCCGGUCCUAAAGUUCCAACUGUUGUCGUUUCGAACCCCGCAGCCACCGAAAGCCAAGCAGAUCUUGUUGAAGCAUCCGAAAUGCCUACUGACACCGGUUCCCCCAUUUUUUACGGUCGCCGAAGAGGAAGAAACGCACCUCCGCCAAAGAACACAGCUACGCAAGGCCAUCCUGACACCCUGCAACAAACUGGUGCUGGUGCUACGGACAGCCACGGUGCUUCUGGAGAUGGUCAGACAACCCCAUUCACUCUGCCACCAAUAUCGCGCCUAACUCCUUUCACAGCUUCAAAGCCCCCACGAAAAGUAGUUGAUGCUACCGCAGAGCUUCGAAAGCUAGCCGGCGACCCAUCACCCCCCAAUAAUGGACGUCCCCAAACACGUCCUCAAGGAGGGCAGCAGAUUCACAGAAGCUACCAUGUAGCCGGUAAUCCCCUCGAGCCUCAUGUUGAAUUAUACGAGGACACUGUGAUCCGCCACCCUCAAGUUCCAGCACCUAGCCGAGGAACCGACCGUAUUCACCCUUCCUCUGUCGUUGCUGCUAGCACCCCUAGCAAGCUCUUGACUCACGACUUCAUACGAGGCAUGAUCCACACCGAGUUGACCCAGUUCCAGCAUGACUUGCGCACGAGCAGUAUUACUCGACCUGGCGCUUUGGCGAUGUUAUCACGAGCUGUAGAGACAUCUUCGGAUGACGCCGAGAUCCAGGCGCAGAACGCUGCUGCUGAAGGACGAAUUUUCGUUGCCGUUGUUGAUGCUAUCACACGAGAGGAUCGACUCGACCAGUUUGGAGGUAGUCUGGGCGAAGAUCCAUUCUACGACACUGGUAGUAACGAGGGGCUUAACCAUAUGUCUGGUCCUCCUGAUCAUGGAUUUAGUUUCGGACAAAGUCAUGGAUACACGGCUGGUUUCCCGUACACAGGCACUUUCUCACUGAACCAGCAUCACCAUCAUGCGCCGAUUCCGGUCUUACCUCCCAACUAUCCGUACCCAGUCUUGCAACAACCACCGGCAUUCCCCUCGUAUCUAGUCCCACCGCCCACCCCGGCCUCGAGCGCACCUUCUCAUGCGCACCCGCAAGCUCAGCAACCUGCUCUACAACACCAACCUACCCAGCAGACCACGACUUCCCAGCUCGCACCAGCCUCUAGAGCGACAACGCACCCCGCGGCACCUCUCUGGGCGCCUAGCAGCGAGAACCAAGUGGUCGUACGCCCCGCUCCGGGCCCCUUCCUGUACGCGGGCACGGACCCCGAGGAGAUGAAGCGCAAGGACGAAGAAAAGCGCCAGAAGCGACGCGAGCGAGAGCGCGACCGCGCGCAGAAAAAGGAGGAAAAGAACAAGCAGAAGGCGAACGAGGAGGCGCUCAAGGAGCUGCGCAAGAGCCAGAGCCGCGACUCGAGCUCGCUGCACGGAAGCACGGGUGGCGCGUGGGGAAGCGGUGGCAGCGAAGGCGGGGGAAGCGCGGCCGGGAGCGCGAGCCUGAAGCCGAAGGCUAGCUUUGGCGGGUCGUUGCGCCGCGCGUUUAACGCGUUCAAGAAGCCCGGACUGAAUGCGCCGGGGCCCGCGCCGGUUGAGGAGGAGGAGGAUUGUGUGAGGGAGAGCGGGGAGCGAGGUCGGAGUCUUGAGGGUGGGCUGGGUCAUCCUGGAUAUGGACGCGGACAUGGCCAUCCCGGUCACGGUCAUGGUCAUGGUCAAUCUCACCCUGGUCCAAGUUCUAGCCACGGUCAUGGACACGGCUUCGGUCACGCCCAUGAUCGGAUCCAGGAUGAUCAUCCUCGCGAGCAGUAGGCUAGCUUCCGAAGUUGAGUUAUGCUCCUUCGACAAGCCUAGUCUAAUGGGCACUUAUCGUUUGCAUUGCUUUCAGGAUCUGCUUUUUUUCGUCACUCAGAAAAGGGAAUAUGAUGGGUUUCUACGGGAAGGAUAGGGUGAAUUUCUGCUUUUAAUCAUGCCAGAGGCGGAGGGCAAGCAUGAUUCUGCCCAUGGAUUUAUGAUCGCCGGCGAUGGUUUUUCUCAUUCUACAUACAGCUCGUAGGGACAAGUGUAAUACGAGCUCGAUAGUUAAUUCAUAGCUUCAUAAUUGAGGAUCUCGAUGAGCUAUACA